AUGAAGGAGGAGGGCACCUACGAUCCAACGCUCCGCCUCGAGCAUCAAUCCUCACCGGAGGAAAAACGACAUGAAACCCUUCGUAUUGGGUUCACAUACACCCUUCUAAAUGUCGUUUCUGUUGUCUUAAUCCAUCUUUUACUCGCCCCUAUCCUCGCACCGCACGAUUUUAACCAAGCAACAAACUCGAAGACUGGUAUGGUUGUAUUUAAAAUAUUCUGCAGUAUAUGGACGAUGAUUACCGCGUUUUAUAAUUGUAUGCUGGGGGCUUUUGGUGUUAGAUGGCUUCAUAAAAAGUGGGAGAAAGAAGAGGCGGAAAGUCAUUGGAAUAAAUAUAGAGAUUCUAAGGCUGAAGAAGGGGAAGAGGAGGUGGUGGAGGACAGUGAGGAUGGGAAGAGUGAAGAAUGGGAUCAGAAUGGACCUGGGUCGAAAGUAUGGUUCGCGAAUAAUAAUCCUUAUACGGCGGCAAGACGGACACAUUCAGGACAUUUUGCAGCGGCGAGGAGGAAACAGAGGAUAUCUCACCCCAUGGAACAAUAUCAUAUACACACUGAACACGAGCCGAUUAUGGAAGAAACUGCGGAUGGGGACAUAAUUAAAACGGGAAAGGAGGGCACCGCCCAUUGGAAAGACCAAAACGAGGAACGAAGGGUCAGUUUUCCGAAUUUGAAGAGCCCUGGAGAAGGAAGCGUUUCGAGGCAUGCGGAGGCCUAUCCGUUUCCUAAAGACGAGCUGGAUACUGCACCGAGUUCUACGACUACAUGGUCAAAUUCUGCAACAUCGGCCGGGGAAUUCGCGAGGAAACGGAAGAAGGGGAAGAAAAAUGGGAAGAAAAAGGACGUAAAACCGAAAGACGGGUUUACUUGUAGCUCUCCAACCUGCAGGAAGGCGAAGUAUGCGGACGGUCAAGGAAGCUCUGGGUCAUCGAGUUGGGAUACCUGCGCUCACUGCAGCUCUUCAUCAACAACGUCAUGGGAAAAGAACAAGUAUCCCAAGGAUAGAAGAGUGAUGAAUCCAGAUCCUCAAUCUUCAAGUGUAUCCGGAGAGGGCUCUUCAAAACAGCAGAGUGACAAUUCGAAAGACCAAGACGCAGUUGAAGACGGCUCUGACAGAGAAGAUAAACCGGAGAGGAAGCCUAGCCAGCAAUCGAAAUCCGGGGUCUCAUCUGAUCGGGAAGAAUCUGAAUAUGAAACCGUUCUUGAACAAACCAGGAUUGUGAGAGAUAUUAUAACACACGGGACAUACUAUGACCAGCAGGCAGCUUUGCAACAUAUGAAUACAGUCAUCUGGUCUGAAGUUGGGGGCCAUAUGGAGAAGCAAGCUACGGUACAAAACCCAGUAACCCCUAUUGCUGAAAACUCGCAAGAGGAAAAAUUAAAGCUGUCACGAUGGUGGGAUUUGAGGAGAAGAACCCCGUCUUCUCAGGCCGUCGAUAUCGAGAUGGUUGAAUUAAAGGAGCCCCAGCCGCCCAAUGCACAAGCUCCAAACAUUCAUAAAAUCAAAGAAACUCGCAGAAGGCGGUUUUUGGUUGCCUUGAUCUUAACUGCUUGCAUUAUCAUGACAUUAUUUCCACCGUUCAUUGCAAUAGGCGGUGAUGUCGUCGCCCAUGAUUACCAAUUCCACCAUGCAUGCGACCAAAUGCGCUGGGAUAUUAAGCUAGAUGCUUCCGGUCUCCACCCCGAGCAAGACAACAGAUUCAACAGAGCCAUCUUUAAAGACAGUCGGGGAAAGGGUUACGAAAAGGAAUUUAUGAUGAACCUGGAGGGUAUGAGCACCUACGGAGGCGGUCUCGAUCUAUCUCUUGUCAGCCAAAGAAGAGGCUACGUUUUCUACCUCAGUAAAAAGGACCUCGCAAACCAGCCUGACGGAGGCGAAUCUGUGAAGUUCCCGUAUCCAGUUGUAGUUGCGUAUGACAUGCUUAAACAUGCUUAUUACGCCCAUCAUGAUAUCUGGAAAGAUCUCAAUGACGAAAGCUUUUUUGAUAACGGGGCAUUCAUGAACGGGACAUUGGGAAUUUUCCCCAGCGAGGGCAUUUGGUUGGAAAAGAAGGAAAGAGACGGAUAUUGUGGCCAGCCAAAGCGAGUUUUGAAGAACGGAGCAGACCAAAGGAUUAUUUGGACAGUGGUUGACGAUCGCAAGGAUUGCACUAUGCUCAGGGUUUGUGCUUCGAAUAAAGCCACGAGGCGCCAGGUUGUGAUUGCAACGGGUAUGAUUCUGCUUCGGCUAGCCCUGUCGGCAACAUGCUGUUCGGGCAAGGCAGCUGGAGAUUCGGGACCUGCAGGGACCUAA